AGGGAGGACGUUUGGUUGAGCCGCUCGCUCGCAGCCAUUCAGCGGCGGUAGCCGAAGCGAUUGGACUUCGUGAGUCACUUCCAGCUCUUUCUGUGGAAUUUGAAUUAUUUCCCUCGGAGGGGGUCGACACGCUCGGCUCCGCGGUGGGGAGGGGGCGGAACACGUGACGGCGCUACCGUCUGGUGGUCACAGGAGUUCAGUUAAACGUCCAAAGACUCGGGGCGAUACUGUGGUGCCUUGCGGUUAUCUCAAGUCAUCUACCUGGAAAAGGGAUCUCCGCGAUGAACAAGCUACGGCAGAGCUUCCGGCGGAAGAAGGACAUCUACGUGCCUGAGUCCAGCCGGCCUCACCAGUGGCAGACUGAUGAGGAGGCGGUCCGUAGUGGGAAAUGCAGCUUUGCGGUCAAGUACUUGGGACACGUGGAGGUGGAGGAGUCGCGGGGGAUGCACAUCUGUGAGGACGCGGUCAAGCGGCUGAAGACUGACAGGAAAUUCUUCAAAGGAUUCUUUUCCAAAGCUGGGAAGAAGGCAGUGCGCGCCGUGCUGUGGGUGUCGGCAGACGGUCUACGCGUGGUCGACGACAAAACUAAGGACCUGAUCCUAGACCAGACCAUCGAAAAGGUGUCAUUCUGCGCGCCAGACCGGAACUUCGAGAGAGCAUUUUCGUACAUCUGCCGGGACGGGACGACGCGCCGCUGGAUCUGCCAUUGCUUCAUGGCCGUCAAAGACUCUGGGGAGCGGCUCAGCCACGCUGUGGGCUGCGCCUUCGCCGCCUGCCUGGAGCGCAAGCAGAAGCGGGAGAAGGAAUGCGGCGUCACGGCCACAUUUGAUGCCAACCGGACCACCUUCACCCGCGAGGGCUCCUUCCGUGUCGCCACGGCUACGGAGGCGGCCGAGCGGGAGGAAGUUAUGAGGCAGCUGCAGGACGCUAAAAAAGCCGAGAGCGACGCCAAAGUGGCGGGGAACUCCGCCGGUGGCGGCGUGAUCAACGUCUCCGCCAUUCAGUCGGGCGGCUCGCCGUCGCCCUCAUCCUCGCCGCCGCUCCCGCUGGCCGCCCUGGGCCCGCAGGCAAUUCCCCGCCGGCACGCCCCCGCCGAGGCGUUGGCCAGGCAGGGCUCCUUCCGCGGCUUCCCGGCGCUCAGCCAGAAGACGUCGCCCUUCAAGCGCCAGCUAUCGCUCCGCAUGAACGAGCUGCCCUCCACCGUGCAGCGCAAGUCGGACUUCCCCAUCAGGAAUGCGGUGCCCGAGGUGGAAGGAGAGAACGACAGCAUCAGCUCGCUAUGCACUCAGAUUACCACAGCGUUCAGCGGACCCCCGGAGGACCCCUUUUCCUCUGCGCCUAUGCCCAAAGCACUCACCUCGCCGCAGUCGCCUGGAGCGCCAGUCAACAGUUGUGCUGCCACUGCUACCGCUUCCCUUUCUACUCCUCAUCCUCUUCCUCCUCCCCCACCUCCUACUGCUGCUGCUGUUAAUCCUCCAGCUCCGAGCUCAGCAGCGUUGGCCCCCGCUCUACCCGCUCGAGACACUAACCCCUGGGCCAAGACCCCCGCUGGGGUCCCGGCCCCUGCGCCACCCGGAGGUGAUUGGUCAUCAUCCACUCCCGUCAUCAUCGUCCCGCCGAUGUCUUCUCCGGUGUUGCCCUCACACAAGCGCACCCCCUCGGAAGCGGAAAAAUGGCUGGAGGAGGUUUCCAAGUCUGUCCGGGCCCCUCCACCCAACCCCAUCCUGGCGGCAGCCCCACUGCCCGCCGCGCCGUUCGCCGCCCCUGUGGCGCCCUUACCCCAGGUGGCCUAUGCGCCCCUUCUACCCCCGCGCCAGACUGCUUUCCACCCCAUGUCCAACGGGCUCUCCUUCCCGCAGCCCAGCGUGCCUGUGGUGGGCAUCACUCCCUCGCAAAUGGUGGCCAACGUCUUCGGCUCGGCCGCGCAACCCCAGCCGUUUCCCUUCCCCGCUCCCGUAGCGCCCCCGGGUGUCGUCGUCACGGGCCCCUUCAUCAAGGCGCCGCCGCCCGCUGUCGCCAGCCCCGCCCCCGCUCACCCUACCAAUGGCAGCGGGAGCUUCAACGGGGCGAACAAUUGGCCCGCUCUGUCACACCUGUCCCCCCAUUCCUCACCCGCGGUCGCCGCUCCGCAUCAGCCACAGGUGGACGCCUUUGAGGCCCAGUGGGCGGCGCUGGAGGGUCGCUCGCACCAGCGCACUACGCCGUCGCCUACCAACCCCUUUUCCACCGAGCUGCACAAGACCUUUGAGAUCCAGCUCUGAUGACUGUGCCUGAGGAAGGGAUGGUCUCCAUGUUUUGGGGAUGCGGGGCAGCGGUGGUCGCGGGGGGCGGUGGCAGCGGGUGGUGUCAGCACAGACCCCCUCCCCCCAAAAUAACAUGCUGCUGUUCUUCACGGGUUUCAUCAGCAUUGUCUGUGCUCGUUUGACUGUCCUGUGCAAAUCCACUACUACUACCACUGCCCCCCCUGCAAGCCGCUCCUUACCACGCCCAGCCCUCCACCCGCUUAAUACACCAUCCUCACCUAACUGGAAGAAUAAAGCAAGACAAUGCCAAAAUGUUUAUUUUUAUGCAUUAAGUAUAUUUUAAAUAGCUUUGGAUUCCAAGCAUCAUCUUGCCAAAGGCACAGAUCGCGACAAAUUAGCAUAUAUGUAUAUUAUACAUAAUGUAUAUUAUACCCAAGUAUAUAAAUUUAUCUAUAAAAAAAUCUCACAGCAGUGCUCAUUUUUAAUGUGAUGUAAAGAGAUUUUGUGAAGGGACAGCUGCUUUACUUUUUUGUGUGUUUUCUAUUUUAUUUUAGUCUUUUGGUGGUCGACUGUAAAUAUGACAGUCAUUGCAGCAACAAUCAAUGAGGACCUAGCGACAGCAACGAACGGCGCGCUCGCUUUUUAAUCUUUUAGUUCACUGAGGGGAAAUUAUUAUUAUUUUGGGACACGUCGUCUCCCACGUAUCUACCUUUAAAAAAAGUAGUGGAUUCCUCACGUUUUGUGUUUGCACAAGCAGUAAUAACGGAGGUGAGUGGACCUCCUCCAUCGGCCCGCUGCUCAAGAGUUACAGGGAGAUGACGAUAAAGCUAAACGAACGCUUUCCAUCGCUCGGUGUCUGUCGUGUUUUAUUUUUUAUUUUGAAAUCAAAACCUGUGAAUAUAAUCUUUUCUCUGAUCUAUUUUUUCAUUUUGUAAUUAUUUCAUGACUUUAUUCCACUUGUCUGGAGAAAUAUUGAAGUUAAAAGAUUGAAUAAAUGAUGGUGGUAGAGGAAAAAAACGCUGUGUGG